AUGGGCAAAGUAUACGCCAUAGAGCAUAUGGAGCCAGACGAAGAGACGCCAUCGAAGCCUCUGCCUGACUGGGUCCUCUUGGAGUAUUUCCAUAUGCUCCAGCAGGUGGGAAUCGUUGGAGGCAAGGAGGAUGCGAAGCUGCUCACUAGACGCCAGGAACUGGACUCAGCCUCUCCGGGCUUCAGCACUCCCGCUAGUCACACGGAUUCUAGAGUUUUCUUCUCGCAUCUAUCACUGGCAACCGGCGACGCCCUGAUCAGUGAAAUCAACACUCGAGCGAGCUCGGCGAAUCCUGAAAGAAGCAGCUCGAUUGCGCGGGCACUACCGGACCCCUUAUCGCACCCAAUCACCGAAAAUGAUCUCCCGCCAUGUGUGUGCACCCGCCAGUCAAUCCUAGACCUCAUCAAGAACCUCGGAGUGGCGCUAGAGGACGUAUGUUUACUGGACCCGAAAGCAGAACAAGAGCUAAAGCCCGAGGACGGCCAAAAGUUCCGGUGGUUUCUAUUUGGUGGGAUCCUCGGGGAUGAUCCUCCGCGGGACCGGACCGCCCAACUCCGGGUCUGCGGCUUCCCCUCCCGCCACCUCGGCCCGAUCCAAAUGACCACCGAUACCGCCCUCGCCGUCACCAAGAGAAUCGUCGAGGACAACCGCACCCUGCAAGACCUCGACUGGGUCGUCAAACCCGAACUCGUCUUCAGUCCUAAGGAGAAAGUCGAAAUGCCUUUCAGAUAUCUCGCCCUUCCUGACGGUCAACCUAUCAUGCCUGAUGGAAUGAAAGAACUUAUUCGUAAAGACUUGGAUCGAGCCUUCGAAUUUUAG